AUGGACAAAUAUAAAAGAAUAAGAAAGAUUGGAAAAGGAAAUUUUGGAGAUGUUUGGUUAGUAGAAGAUAAUAAAGGAAGAGUAUUUCAAAAUAAUUAUUAAAUAGUAAUAUGCUAUGAAAAGAAUAGAUUUAGUAUUUGAUACAGUUGAUCCUCAAAAUGAAGUUAGUAUAAUGAAAGUUCUUAAACAUCCUAACAUUAUAAAAUUUUAUGAUUCCUUCGAACAUAAUGAUAAAUUAUGCAUUAUCAUGGAAUAUGCCAAAAAUUGUAAGUAAUUCUCACUAUAACUAAGCUGAUCUUUCAAUAUACAUUAAAACUAAAUAACCAAAUAUCCUAAACUAUUUUACUUAAUUAUGUUUAGGAGUUUAAUAUUUACAUUAAUAAAAAAUAGUACAUAGGGAUAUUAAAUUAAGGAAUGUAUUUAUUACUGAUGAUGGAAUUGUAUGUAUUUAUAUAUUAUUCUUAUAUAGAUUAAAUUAGGUGAUUUCAGUAUCUCGAAAAAAUUGAUUGAUUUAUCUACUAAUACAACUUUAGGUAAUUUAAAUUAUGUAAAUAAGGAACUCCAUAUUAUUUGUCUCCUGAAAUAUGCUAAUCUAAAAAUUACAAUUCCAAAACUGAUAUCUGGAAUUUAGGAUGUUUAUUAUAUGAAUUAUGCACAUAACAAAAACCAUUUUAAGGAGAAUCUCUCCCUGCUAUUCUCAAUUCAAUUAUAAAUGGUUAAACUCCUCAACUAACAGAUACAUUUCCUAAGUUCUAUUAAGAUAUACUAAAUAGUACUCUAUAGAAAGAUCCAGAACUAAGACCUGAUAUAGAUCAAAUACUCAAUAUACCAUAAAUAAAGGAAGAGGAAAUCAAAUUGUAAAUGCUUUAUAAAAGUAAAGGACUAUUAAAUAAAAGGAUAUGUCCUAUUGAAUGUCCAGGCUUUGAUGAAAAAUAAGAAUUCAAAUAAGACAAAUUAUCAAUCAACAAAGAUAUGUCAAAGAUCCUAAAAUAAUCCAUUACUCCUCAAUAUAGAUAAACUUAAUUAGGAUUGUAAAACAUAUUUUCUGAAUGUGUUUCACCUAAUAAUAAUUAUUGUUAAAUUCAAAAAAAACCAUAUAAAAAGAUUAUGACCAUUAAUACUUAAUUGGAUGAAAAAGUAGAAUAGGAAAUCACCCAAAAGAAACCAUCUUUUGCUAAAUUGCUUUUCAAUCCCAAAACUCCUACAUCACCAAAUAGAAAUAUAUUAUUGGCAGAUUUUUUGAAAAAUAAAUUAGGAUAGGAAGUAUUUUAAAGAAUGAAAGAUAUAUUAGAAAACAGCAAAGAUCCAAUAUAAUUAUUAGAAAAUAGAGAAGAAAUGAUGUAAAUAUUGGGGGAAUAAAAUUUAGAUUGUAUAAAAGUAUUUCAAGUAUAUAUAUAUUUUAUAGAUAUUUAAAAUACUAAUAUGUAACAGUAUUACACCUCCAAGUAGUCAUUUUAGAACAAUGAGUGCUUCCUAUUAAUUUAUUACUUAGAGAAUAAAAACAGUUAAUAACCAUGAGAAUAAUCUUCAAACAUCACCAUGGGAUGAAUAAUUUUGA